GUUAUAAUAAGAUAUAGAAUUACGUUAGAGACACCUAGAGUGAACGCGCGAAACCAGAUGUGAGUGUUUGUGAAAUUACCCAAAUUGUCAAAACUGAUGGAGACGCAGAAGAAGAACAGUCAACCUGCAAAUAAGACUUCAACGUCUGAGGAGGGAGAAGAGGAGCAAUGUCGCGCUGAUACUUCCUGUGCAAAAAAUGAGAAGCAGGAGCCUUCAUCACCAAAACAGGGAGAUUUCAGUGAUCCUGUAUAUAAAGAGAUCGCAAUGGCGAAUGGCACCAUCAACCAAAUGAACAGAGAUGAGCUGCGUGCAAAAUGUGCUGAGCUGAAGCUUGACACACGGGGAAUUAAGGAUGUCCUGAAGAAGCGCCUAAAAAGUUAUUACAAAAGGCAAAAAUUGAUGCAUUCAUCUGCUGCAAAUGCGAACAGUGAUGUAUAUUUUGACUACAUCUGUGUGGUGGAUUAUGAAGCAACAUGUGAAGAGAAUAACCCACCUGGCUUCCUGCAUGAAAUCAUUGAGUUUCCCAUGGUGCUGAUCGACACACACACCUUGGAGAUUGUCGACUCAUUUCAGGAGUAUGUAAAGCCAGUGGUGAACCCGCAGCUCUCUGAGUUUUGUGUCAAACUAACCGGAAUCACACAGAAAAUGGUGGAUGAGGCGCAAACGUUCCAUCAGGUUCUAAAGCGAGCAGUUUCCUGGCUACAGGAAAAAGAACUUGGCACAAAGUACACAUAUACAUUUUUGACAGAUGGGUCAUGGGACAUGGGAAAAUUUCUUCAUACCCAGUGCAAACUGAGUUGCAUCAGAUACCCGCCGUUUGCCAGAAAAUGGAUCAAUAUCAGAAAGUCUUAUAGAAACUUUUAUAAGGUUGCUCGUGCUCAGACAAAACUAAUCUGUAUGCUGGAGAAUCUUGGUAUGCAGUAUGAUGGACGUCCCCACUGUGGUCUAGAUGACUCCCGCAACAUUGCCAGAAUUGCCAUUCACAUGCUGAAGGAUGGCUGUCAGCUGCGGGUGAAUGAGUGCUUGCACUCAGGAGAACCACGGAGCGUGCCUGUCUCUGCCCCUAUUGAAGGAGCCCCAGCACCUCAAAACCCCAAGAAAAGAAACUAAAAUGAUAAUUUAAAAGACUCUUUCCCGAAAAUAACAUUGCUUAAUUUUUUAUUCCUGUUGCACAUCCAAUGAAAAACUAAAUUUGAAUUAAUUUGUCAAUAAAUUUUUUUUAUGAUG